ACAACUGUUAAGUUCCUUGUGUUCAAUAUAAAAGUCUAGCGAUGUUAGUUUAGUAUUAAAUAAACUAAGAAACAUCCGAAUAAGAUGCUUAGACUAGUCGUUUUGUCAUGCGCUCUAGCGGUGUCCUGUGGAAAUUAUGCAGGCAAUAAAGACCCUUCGUAUCCCAAAGUGAGCGGAUCCGUUCCAAAAAUCCUUAACCCAGGCAAUCCGAUAGAUCCACGGAAUGUACAAAACGUAGGUCCUGUAUUGAAGCCCGGAGAUAUCAUUAACCCUGUGGUAAUCGAUAACAAUCAGGUGGGCCCUCUUGGUGAUCAAUGGGUCGAUAACAUUCCAGGGGCAGAGCUUGGAAAAUCAUGGGUCGAUACCACUCCAGAUGACCCGCUUGGGGACCCAUGGAUAAACGGACAACCAAUUCCAUUUCCUGGCCAAAACAUUGAUGGGCGGCCUAUACAAAUUACAAAAAAUGAUGGCCAAAUAUUUAACAAUCCUUUUAUUAAUGGACCAGGUUCAACAAUUAACCCUAUCAGACAGAAGCCAAGUUAUGAUAAUUCUGUCAAACCUAUACCACCAGUGAAAAACCCAUCCAGAUACGGUGGUCCAGUAAGAAAAGUUCCAGACAAUACACCGUUUGUCCCUGGUGUUGGCGGUGAUAUUUUUAAUCCAGACUUUCCAAUUAAUCCCACGAGGAAAACUCCAAGUUAUGAUAACUCUCACAAGUUAGUUCCUAUACCACCAUUGAAGAAAACUGCAAGCUACGAUGGCCUUGACAAAAGUGUUUCCGGUAGAAACCCGUUUGUUCCAGGGCUUGAUGGAGGAAUUAUUGAACCAGAGUAUCCAGUUGACCCUGUGAGAAAAGUCCAAGAUUAUGGCAAGUCACACAAAGUACCUGUUCCGCCAGUGAAGAAGCCUGCGGGUUAUGAUGGACCAAUCAGUGUUAUUCCGGACAACACACCAUUUGUCCCUGAUGUUGGUGGAGAAAUUGUCAACCCAGACUUUCCACUACAUCCCGUAAGAAAAGCGCCUAGUUAUGACAACUCGCAUAAGUUAGUUCGUAUACCACCAUUGAGAAAGUCUGCGAGUUACGAUGGCCUCGUAAAGAGUGUUUCCGAAAACAAUCCGUUUGUACCUGGUAUUGAAUCAGGAAUUUUCAAACCAGAUUUUCCAGCGGAUCCCUUGAGGAAAGCUCCAAGUUAUGACAACUCGCACAAAGUACCCAUUCCACCAGUGAAUAAGCCUGCAAGUUACGAUGGCCCUGUCAAAACUGUUUCAGAUAACAUACCGUUUGUGCCUGCUGUUGGUGGAGAAAUUUUUAAUCCAGACCUUCCAGUUGAUCCUGUGAGGAGGGCUCCUAGUUAUGACAACUCACAUAAAAUUCCUGUACCUCCCGUAAAAAAACCUAGUUACGACAGUCCAUUCAAAGGUAUUUCAGACAACACGCCAUUUGUUCCUGGCCUUGGCGGAGAAAUUUUCAACCCAGUUGAUCCCAUCAGGAAAGCUCCGAGUUAUGGCAACUCUCACAAAGUAGGACCAAUUGACACAAUCAGAAAAGCCCCUAGCUAUGACAAUUCACACAAAAUUGUCCCAGACGUUUCACCAUUUGGACCAAUUGACCCCCCUUUGAGGAAAGCACCUGGUUAUGAUAACUCUCAAGGAGUCGGGGGUGGAAUUGUAGAUAUAUUACCACCAGUUAUACCUCCUACAGCCUACCCAAGUGUCGCAGGUUCACCAAUUAUAGGCGGACAAAUUCCAGGUGAAUUCACCGAAAGUGGGACUGGAAUCGAUGCCCACUUAAUAGACGCUCAGAAACAGAGGUUUGAGGAAUUGGUGUCAGCACGACUUGGGACAAGGUCCGAAAAUUCACCUGCAGCUCUACCAAAACGAAAGGAACUGUCCGCCGGAAAACGCAAUUAUCUGAGUUCCCUCGGAAUAUUCAAGAAAGCGAAAUCCUACCAAAGUUAAUAUAUUUAUUGAAAAAUCCAUCACUUAUGUGCCAUAUGACAAUUGAGUGCAAUAUUUUUUUUUAACUACACGUGUAUAUUUGUAUUAUUGUCUCACAAGUUUUUUGACAUUCGUAUUUAUAAGCUAUUAAAGUUAAUACAACUUGAA